AUGUCAGGUUUAAUCGACAAAAGAAAAAGAAGUCGUGAAGAUGACAUCUGUGAUUCAACACCACUCUCUAAACGUAUCAAUCAGCUGCAUUUGACAAAUUUGGAUGAGCCCCAGCAGGCAAUUCAGCAAUUGCAUUUUAAUGACCCCACCAAACAAGUUGAUUUGUCUCAACUAUACAACAACAAUUACAUCAAUAACAGUGCUUUAAAUAUGCAUUUGCAUAAGCAACCUCAGAUAGUAGACGAACAACAACAACAAAUACAUUUGCAGCAUCUAUAUGCACCCGAGCUUAACGAAGCUGAAAAUCCAUUCUACUAUAUUAAGAAUAAGUUAUUGUAUGAAUUGCACUAUGAACGUCUAAAACGGUGUGUUGUUUAG